AUGGGAUUGAAAAGCGUAGUCCAAUUUUUAGAGAAUAAAACCAUUUUAGUCACUGGAGCCACAGGCUUUCUUGGAAAGAUGUUAGUGGAGAAGGUGCUGAGGAUUCAACCUAAUGUGAAGAAGCUGUAUCUUCUCAUCAGAGCUUCUGAUGGCGAAUCAGCCUCCAAAAGGAUGCAUAUUGAGGUGUUAGGAAAGGAGUUGUUCAGAGUUCUAAGACAGAAAUGGGAAACAAAUUUUGAUCAGUUUAUAUCAGAAAAGGUAGCUGCCAUACCGGGAGAUGUUUCUUGUGAAAAUUUGGGUGUGAUUGAUUCCCAAUUGAGGGAAAUCUUAUGGAAAGAAAUAGACGUUGUAAUUAAUUCGGCAGCCACCACCAGCUUUGACGGCAGAUAUGAUGUUGCUUUGGGAACCAAUACCUUUGGUGUUCUCCACGUGCUAAGCUUUGCGAAGAAAUGUGUCAACUUAGAGAUGCUUGUCCAUGUUUCUACAGCUUAUGUUUGUGGUGAAAGGGAGGGAACCAUACCAGAGGAUACAAUAUUUUAUAUGGGUAAAACGAUAAAGUCAGACCCUAAAUUAGAUCUCGAAGUAGAACAGAAAUUGGUGGCUGAGAAACUGAACGAUUUACAAGCGCAAAAUGCUUCCGAAGAUACGAUUACAACCAUCAUGAAGGAUUUUGGCAUUAAAAGGGCAAAACUUCAUGGUUGGGCAAAUACCUAUGUGUUUACAAAAGCAAUGGGAGAAAUAUGUGCAAAGCAAUUCAGAGAAAAUAUUCCCCUAGCCAUCAUACGUCCAACUAUGGUCACCAGCACUUACAAUGAACCUUUCCCAGGCUGGAUUGAAGGUUUGAGAACGAUUGAUGGUGUGAUAGCUGCCUAUGGCAAAGGAAAGGUGAAAUUUUUCCUUGGUGGUCCGAAGUCAAUACUUGAUUUGGUGAGUUAA